AUUAAGUUAAACCUAAAAGAAGAUUUAUAGGAACAUAUUAUUUUCCUUUGUUAUUACUAAUAGGGAAUUUAUUUUUGGCCUACUGCUAUUAAAGUGUAUUAACAACACUGACAAGCGAGUUCAUUUUCAUUUCUCGUUGCUUCAUAUGUGCGUGUUGUUGGUGUAGUGCGGAUCGUCAAAGUUUCAUAUUUAUAUGUGAAAUCUCUAAUCUUUACAUAAAAAGUGCUCAUUUAAUAUUAAUUUGUGACUAAAUGAGAAGUUUAAGAGUUCGAGUAUAAAAAAUAUAAUUUUAAAAAUACUUAUUAAUAUAAACAAGUGUUUUAAAGCAAAUAAAGGUUAAGUGCCAAGAAAAGAGUGGAAGGGAUAACGAUUAAAAAAUCACGUACCAAUCAAAGAAAAACCUUGGGGUGAAAAGAAUCAAAGUAACAAAGUAUACCUAAGGGAUUGAAUGAAAAGCAUAAAAACUCUAAGAUAAUUACAAAAGGAAACGCAAUUCAGCAUUACAUAGUACAUAUAAAAAGGAAUUAAAACUAUAAGUUAAUACCAAUCUAAUUCAAAAGUUAGCAUAUAUUUGACGAGCUACAAACUUGUUGCGAUUUGUAACGAAAAUAAAUAAAUAAUUCUAUAAUAAUAUUGUAAAAGUUUAAGAACAUAUAAAUUGCACUGCCUGUGUUGUGUUUAAAAAUUAUAAAUACGUCUAAACUCCUGUGUUAGACAAACGUUAUAAACUUACUUCGUUAAGGAAGCGCAUAAGCACUGCCGUGAAAAUGCAGAUUUCUUGUAAAUGCCUAAAUUUCAUUGCCACUAGUAAUAGUCAGGCGGCAAAUAGCAAUGUUGGAUUCAUUAGUGCUAGCAUCAAUAAUGAGGCAACUAAUUCACAAAAUGCACGAAACACCGCAGAAGAUGAUAGUAGCAUGCCACUAGCGCAACAACCUAUUGGCAGCUGUAAUAAUGCCGGCAAUACCAACAACAAUUCAAACAACCUGUGUACAACAUUAAUGCAUGCGUUCUUGCAGCGUUAUCCACGAACGUUCAUCUUCUAUUCACAGUACAUGGAAUUCUUCAAACAGGCCAUUGGUCCCAUAACGGAUCUCAACAUCCAUACGUUAAAUCAGCGAGAUUUGGUUUACAGCAUAACACUGGAGGUGCCAACUGGACAAGAACAAUCACUCACGCAUGCGUGGCAGCUAAGCAUAUGCAUUAAUUGCAAUACAGCGCUUUGUGCUAAACGGUUGCCUACUCCACCGCCAUCCGACACAGCAAAUGGUAUACCCGCCCCACUUACAAUUAACCCACCGCAAUUUCUUAUUAAUUGUUCGCUACUGACAAAUAAUGAGGAAUUGGCACUGAGACGUGCUGAUAAAUCCUUUUCCGAUACCUUCGGCCUACUCAUAAUGGACCAUCCACAGUUGCAGUUGGAACAGACGAAUGUAGGGCCGUUAAAUAAUUUCUCAGUUGGCUCUUUAUCGACAACAUCAUUGUCACUGCAACUCGAUAUGAAGCAGCAACGUUUGCGUCAGCUACAACAGAACUUGCAACAACGUCUCAAACGUGAAAUUGCCGAAACGGACGAACGUAUACAACGCUAUACGGAACAACAGUUUGCAUUGUUAAAGAGUUUCCGCGAAAAAUCCGAACAGGAGUAUGCAUUACUUGGACGCCUGAUACAGCGAGUGCCAGAACAACAGGCAACCGAUUUCUUAGAUCGUGCGCCGCCAGCAUUGGAAGUUAUUGGUGGUGGUGGUAAUUUUGCGUCACGUCGUCGCAAUACGAUUACUAGCCGUCGCGAUGUCAUGACAUCGGUUACGACACCGACAACACCAACUACACCGAAUCCUACAAGCGGUUUGCAUAUGCUUUCACUGCCGUUGAAUACAACAACGGCAACUACAACAGCCAGUGCCAUGGAUACAACAAUUACUCAGGGAGUUGGUGGUACAACUGUACUCACACCAACAACGCCAAACGUAGCACUAACGACAACAAUUAUCGGCAGCGGUAGCAUAAAUCGUCGUUUGUCGAACUUUGAUACACCACCAGCGACACCAGAAGCCACACCCAUGAGUGUGGGUAACAGUCCCACCUUCCGGCCGCAACAACAGCAACAAUCAUCAUUGACACAACAACAAUUUGUGCGUAUUGCGGCCAACUCCUUUCAACAGCAGUUCCCAACGCCAACAGUUGAAGUGGGCGAUGACUGUCUCUUCGAAUUGGAGGGCAUUGAUAAUGGUAGCGCGGCAAGCGGUGCGGGUGUGAAUUCACAGUUUAGUGCGCUCGUAUCAAAUUUGUCACAAAAACUGCCAUAUCAACAGCAACAACGAUCUCUGAACAAUCACGCACAUCCGCAUCAGCAUCAACAUCACCACUAUCACGGCAGGGAUAUGAGCGAUGUGGACGAAAGUGAGGAUGAUGCUGCCGAAGCAGAAGUUGCUGUUGACUUGGAUAGUGCAAUGCCCUUACCUACGCACGCGCGCCCAAUCGUUGGCGGACAACAACGACCAGGUGCAGCUACCGCAGUUGAUGUCAUGAAUUUUGCCAAAAGUCUGCCAAUUGAAAUAGCAAAUUCACCCAUGACUACAGGUCGCUCAUACGUGAACGCGCUGCCCGAAGAUGAAUUGGACAAUACUGUCGACAUCGCCGCGAGUAUUAAAGCACUCGCCAAAAGUGUGCAUGGUGAAGCUGUGUUCGGUGAUUUGCCACGUCCACGCAUGCGUUCACAAAUUUAAAGUAUGACAAGCACAAAAUUAACUUGCGCACGGCGUAACAAAGUAUAUUGGUAUUUACAUGAACUACACUAGUUUGCUCAACGAAAUAAUAAUCAAAAAAAAAUUUAAGUUAAAGUGCUGGAGUCAUCAUUAACACAUACUGUUUUUACACAAACACAAUGCAUAUUUUCAUAAUUACGAGAUAACGAUUACAUCCAUUAGCAUAUUAAGUAUAAAUAAAUUUAAGUAACUAACUUCUCUUCUAUUAGCUUUAUAUUUCUAUAUGAAUCGUUGUCAUGCAUUAUAUGAAAUAUUUUGUAAAAAAAUACACAACAAAUUGAGACAAUUUUGCUUACGUAUUUGAAGUACGUUAACUACAGCAACAAAAACAUGCACAUGUAUAAAAUUAUAGCGUAAAGUAUACUUUUAUUGGCUGUCUCAAACUGUAACUUUACAUAUAUUUAAUUAUAAUAAUUGAGACUGUAAAGCAAAUAUUGAAUAUUCGCAUAAGUCAAAUUGUACGUUUCUUCUAAACAUCUCGCAUGCUUUUGCACAAUUAUCUGCAAUUAAACGUUUGUCGCGAACAAUGCAUUGUUAUUAAUACAAACAAAAAUUAUCUUUUUACAUAUGUAAGUUAUUAUGUUACCAAUCAUCGGAAUGAAUUCAAGUUUAAUUUUUAACUUUAAUUUGUAAUAGCUUUAAGGUUGUGUUUUUAUAGUAUAUGCCUUUUCAUACAAACAAUUUCGAUAAUGUAACAUCUAAUUAAACAAAUUAUUUGCAAAUGCUUCUAAAUAGGCGUAAAAAACAAGUGUAUAUAUGUAUAUAUAUAUUGAGAUACAGACACAUUUAAAUUCAUGAACAUUUUUAUAUGGGUGUCGUUAAUUUGCUAAUAAGGCAACAAAUAAAAAAAUAAAAUAAAAUAACCGGUUAUUGUACCGUAUUAAGCCACUUUAUAAAAUUUUACUGAGUCGUUUGUUUGUUGGUUGCUGCAUAUAUUGAUUUUGUGAAAAUUACUUUGUUUAAAUAAUGAUUAUGCAAUGUUAGGCGUAAUAUACGAAAAUAUAUACAUAUUUUUUAUUUUGGUCAUAAGCAUACAUGCAAGCAGACACAAACAAUAAUAUGCCGAAUAGCAUGAUUUUGCUAUGCAAAAGAAUAUACUUAUACAUAUAAUUUGCCUUAAUGCAUAUGCGCAUAUUUGAUGUUGAGAAAAUAAAAAUGGCUUUUCCUAUGCUUAUCUACAAACAUAUAUACAUAUAUGCCUUAUAAUACAAAUAAACAUGUGUAUAUUGAAUUAAAUGCACAAGCUGGACAAAAAAGCAGUUGCUGAUAUACAUAUUAUUACUAUGCUUUACCUGUGGUACGCGUUACCAAAAUUAUUAUGUACUGUUAGUGUGCUUGCUUAUUCACUCUGUAAUAAUAUAUUUUGACAGAAACUACUUGUUAUAUCCUCUAAAAUACGAUAUGCUAACAAAACAAAAUGAAGCAUGUUUAACGUUUAUUUGAAAUCAAUUCUAUAACUAGUGCCAUUGACAAAACUACAGUGGUAGAGUUGGGACUAACUUUGCAAACUUUAUUUCGACAUUGAAUAUGCCACACUACAUAUUCUUAUUGAUUUGCUAUGAGUGCACUCAUGCAUAUUAUUAAUUGUAAAACCUAUUGAACAUACAGUACGUGGUUUACUGUUACAAAUAAAAGUUUUAUAUUCAAUAUUAAAAAA